AUGUACACUAAUUAACUAAUAUUUGGAGAUUAUUGUGUGAAUUUAACAGACGCUAUAGGAUCUGGAGCCUUUGGUAAGGUUCAUGGGGCUAAAUAAAUAAGCACAGAUCAUCCAAUAUGUGUUAAAAUAAUUAAACUAACCUAAGAGAAUGAAAAGUUGCUGGGCAGAGAAACUUAAAUUUUAUCUAAACUCAAAGAAUUUGACAAUCCCCAUCUGAUUAAAAUAUACCAUAUUGUUAAAUAGAAUAACAAGGUAUAUAUAUUUAUGGAGAGGUGCAAACAAACUUUGAGUGACUAUAUAUUAAACAAAAAGAGAGAGAAAUAAUUAUUAUCACUUCUAGAAAUCACAGAUAUAGCUAAGUAGAUCAUAAAUGGUUAUCGUGAUCUCUAUUCUCACAAUAUUAUCCAUAGAGAUCUCAAGCCUGAGAAUGUCUUAAUUGGAAAUGAUAACAAAAUUAAAAUAUGUGAUUUCGGCUUUGGAAAGAUUCUGAAUUUUGAUAGUCAAUUCAUUGUCUAGACAAUUAUUGGUACUCCAUUAUACGUAUCACCUCAAGCAUUAAUGACUGGCAAAUAUACAUCCAAAACAGAUGUCUUUAGUUUCGGAUUGUUAAUGUAUUUCCUUAUCUUCUAAGAUAAUUAUUUUGAUGUUCACACUUAUGAAUAAUUAUAUUAAAAAAUGUAGGUUUUGGAUAAGGAAUAUUCUAUAAAGUAAUUCAAGAAUUAGGGUUGUGAAUAAGAUAUUGCAUUGUUACAAUAUAUAUUGAGCGGAUGUAUAAAAUACCAUGAAAAAGAUAGAUUUCAUUGGGAUCAGUUAUUUGAAAUCUUUGAUUAAAUUACAAUUUGUAAACCUAGUUCUUAAACUCACAAAUAAUAACAUCUAAAUUCUCAUUCCCUUGAGAGACACCUUUAAUCACAAGAUUAACAAACUACAACAAACCAAAAAAUCAAUUAAAAACCUCCUUUGAAAUAGAAAUCUGAGAAUGGGACUAUAAUUAGAAGAUUUCAUCAUAUAUAAACUGUUUAAAAAGGCAUAGGAAGGUAAAAUAAAUCUUAAGAGAAUAGUGAUAAUUAAACAAAAACAUGUGACAAUUCACCUGAAAAUUUAGAUUUAAGAUGCACUCAAACUCCUGAAAGAACCCAUAUACCAUCCUAAAAUAAUUAUACAACUUCAGAUACUAAAAAAUACUCAAAUCAAAAAGAUAAAAGAACACAGAUAAACAAAUUUAAAAUCUCAUUAUAGUAAAACAAGUACAUACCCAAAUCUUGCAAAUCCGAAAGUGAUUCUUAAUUGAGAUAAAAUUUUAGUUAAGUAGACAAAAAAGAGGAAGUCAAUAAAAAAUAAUAAGUGGAUAAGAUAGAAUAAAUCACGAAGAAUAAUCAAUAAUAUAAAACAUUACCAGAUCUUAAUUAUGAUAAACAACAACUUCAAAAUAACUAUUUUAAAUAACAAUAAUCUUGUUAGAAUAACGAGUGUAAGAUAAUUAAAAAAAAAGAUGUCAUUUCAUAUAAAGAUUAUGAAUCAAAUGUCAAUAUGUUAAAAAUAAUUUUAAAGGGAUAUUUGGCUAAAGCAUAAUUGGCUGAAAAUUUGUCUUAAUGUUUGGGUAAGUUGAUUUAAGUUUUGGAUCAUAAAGUAGAUUUAUUUCGAUUUCUAAUAAUCAAUUAUCAAUAAUCAGUUCUGUAAAAUAUAUAAUCGUUUAACGAUGCAGAUAAAAUUACAUAGUAAUAUCCCUUAUAGAAUCAAUUGAUAUAAUAUAUAGAUCCAAUUAAUUACAUUUUAAAUGAUAGUUUUAAAGAGAUGAUGGUUAAUGUAAAAACAGUAUUAUAAAAGUUAACUUUAAAAAGCUAAUUGGCAUCUAAUUAAAUUAAUGAAAUUUUGAUGGAAAAAGAGAAGUACGAUGUAGAAGAUGUUGUUUAGUUGAUAUAAACAAAUGCAAUUAAAUAUAAUUAUGAAAGCAUUGUAGAAUCAUAUAGAAAUCAUUAUACUAAAUUCUUGGAAUAUUACUAAUAUGACUUACGUUAGUUUAAAUCAGAGGACUUGCUCAAGUUCUUGGGGUUUUCUACAAAAUUCAUACUAAGUGAAAGUCUUUACUCUAUUGAGAAGCUGAAGACUAUAAAUCACCAAGAAAUAUAAAGUUUAUCUAGUAAUUCUCAGAUUUUAGAAAAGUUUAUUAAAGAGAAUUGCAACAAAAACCUAAAACUUUGA